AGAAAUUUCUGAUUCUGAGCUUCUCGUCUAGUUUUCCCUCCAGAAUCCCUUCCUCGACUUUGAAGGCAUCUCUCGCGCACUCUCGCUCGCCCUCGAACUGGUUGAUCCAAUUUCGGCUUUCUCGACGGAUCUUCGAUGGUCUUUUGCGCGUACGAAUGUGCUGGAGAGUCGAAUCAUGUCGUUCUCGGCUGCUUUUCAGGCCAAUUUUUCGACCAGCUUGCCUCAUCGACAUUCAAAAUUGUCCUUUCUGAGACUCGUCAGGAAACAAAAGAAGUCAGCUAUUAUAGGAACUCGAAAUGGGAAGAAGUGUUCUAUACAGAUGACCAGAUCAAUCUUAGGUAACAGGACGUCAUGCAUAGAUAACAAUGGUAAUGGAGCAACAGAACCAGCAAGGGUUCUUCUAGAAAGAUUGUUUGCACAAACACAGAAACUAGAGGAACAGAUCAGUAGAGAUUCUAGCUUCUCCAAGGACAUUCAACUGGGACUUAACCUUGAAACUUUGGAGUCUGAUCUUCAAGCCGUUCUGACAGCCUUGAGGAAAAAGGAGGAAGAUCUUCAGGAUGCAGAGAGGAAGGUAUUGUUUGAGCAUGCCAAGUUAAACCAUACAAAGCAGGAGUUGGAAAAGAGAGAAGAAGCAAUUACUUCUGCUCUUUGCAGGCAGGAAAAACUGGAAGAAGAGCUGAAGCAAGCCAACAACAACCUAGCUUCUCAAGCCAGGCAAAUUGAAGAUCUAAAAUUAAUGGUACAGGAGAGGGAUGAGAAGGUAGUAGCUGCACAGUUUGCACUAUCUUUGAAACAAGAAGAGAUGGAUAAAAUGAGAACUGAACUGACAAAGAAGACUGAGGAGGCUGCCACGAUUGCUUGUGAUCUUCAAUCUAGAGAUCAGCUCCUGAGUGAGGCUAAUGAAAUCAUCAGAAAACAAAAGGUUGAGAUUCAAGAACUUCAGAAGUUGAUCAGAGAGAAGGUGCAAGAGUUAGAAGCUUCUGUUACACUGAAGAAAAUUGAGGAAGAGAAACUAAAACUAGCAGAAGCUAACUUGAAGAAGCAGACAGUGGAGUGGCUAUCGGCACAAGAGGAACUAGAGAAACUGAGAGAGGAAGCAGCCAAACACAUGAGAGAUGCUAAUGAAACUCUGGAGGAUUUUAGAAGAGUGAAGAAGCUUCUUGUUGAUGUGAGAUCUGAAUUGAUGUCUUCUCAAAAGUCUUUAGCUUCUUCUCGAAGGAAAAUGGAAGAGCAAGAACACCAACUUGAGAGGCAACUAGUAGAGCUUGAAGAACAAAGGGAUAUCGUGAUGUCUUACAUGUCUGGUUUAAAAGAUGCUCAAACAGAAGUAGAAAGUGAAAGGGCAAAGCUUAGGAUUGCAGAGGCUCAAAACAAGGCACUUGAACGGGAUUUAUCCAUGGAGAAAGAAUUGAUAGAACAGCUACAGAAAGAAUUGAAUAAAGAGAGGUCUUCUAUGGAACAGGCAAUGCAAGAUAUAUCCUUGCUUCAGGAGGAGUUAGGUCAGAAAACAUUUGAGUUUGAAGAAGCACAGAAUCUUCUUCAGGUUAAAGAGUCAACUUUAGUGGAGGCCAGGCUUCAAAUCCAACAUUUAAAGUCUGAACAGGCUUCUAUUCAGCUUCUUUUGGAAGAAAAGGAUAUGGAUCUCUAUGAUGCACAGAAAAACUUGGAGGAGCUAAGUAAAGAAGUUGCUGAGUUGAAGAUGCUCAUGAGCAGUAAGGAAGAACAGCUUAUUCAAGCGACAAAUAUGCUAAAGGAGAAAGAUAUGCAUGUUCAGAUGAUGCAACAUCAGCUGGAUGAUACAAAGCUAAAGUAUUCAGAAGCUGCUACUGUGGUGGAACGGAUUGUAGAACUAACUAACAAAUUAGUUAUUUCAGUGAGGGAUGAAGAGGAUUAUGCUUUAGACACACUUAGCAAGGAAAUCCUAUUGCCUGAGAUGGAAGACAAGUUUCUGCAGCAUAUACUAGAAAAACCAACAGGCGACACUGCAUUGAAGAAUAAACAGCUGGAAGCCGAGCUUGAGUUGGCCAGAGAAAGCCUUAGGAUAAAAGAGAUGGAAGUUCUGGCUGGAGAGAGGGCUCUAAUUGUCAAAGAGGAGGAGCUCAAAGCGGUUCUCGACAGACUUGAUGCAAGAGAGAAGGAAUUGAAGAGAAUGAAGGAAGAGGUGGAAGAUGCUGAUGGGCUAAAGAAACUAUACGCUCUUGCUCAGGAGAGGAUUGGUGAAAAGAGCAUAGGGGAGUUGGCAAUUGAAAAACUGCAACUAGAGGCUACUCAACUGGAAGUUGAAGCAGCAACUAGUGCACUCCGUAAACUUGCUGAUAUGAGCAGGGAGCUUUUGAAAAAGGCUAGCUUCUGUGCAGAGGUUGACAUUGAUACUCUUGUCUUCCCUGAGCCAGGCAAUGAUCCUAGGACAAGUGUGAUUGAGAACAAUGAAUGCCUUAUUGAAGCCCAAAAAGAAGUUGCCCGGAUUUCAGCUCUAACAGAACAACUUGUCAAGGAGGCUGGUAUCGUUGGUGUUGCAGAUCAGUGAUGUAAUGGAGGAUGUAGCAAUUUGGCUUUUCUUAGAUAUAUCCAACUGAUUGAUUAGCCAGUGAAUCAGGAUUUACUUUAGAAGGAGCAUUAUUGGUGGUUCUUUUGGUUCCUACAAACAAUGUUGGCACAAGAUACCCAGAUGCAUCCAUAUUUCAUAUUUCCUUUGUUGUACCAUGAGUGAAAAUCACAAGCUUGUAUAUUCUUCUCUCCUUUCAUUUUCUUUCCUUCUUUAGUAGGAGACAGUCAACACCAUUUACUUUUUCCCAGUGA